AUGAGGAUGGAUAUGAGGAAUAAGAAACCUGAAGAUAGGAGAAAAAUGGGCAUAGAGGAAGAAAGGCUUGAGAUUCUGGAUUUGAGUGGUAUGUCUUUGGAGGUUCUUCCAAAGCCUUCUCUAAAUUUAGGAGCCAUCUGCAAGUUAGACCUCUCCAAUAACAAUCUCCAGAGCAUACCAGAGUCUCUAACGGCAAGACUUUUGAAUGUGGUGGUGUUUGACAUCCACUCAAAUCAGCUGAAAUCCCUACCAAAUUCAAUUGGGUGUCUGUCAAAGCUCAAGGUGUUGAAUGUCUCUGGCAACCUUCUUCUAUCUCUCCCUAAAACCAUUGAGAAUUGCAGAUCACUGGAAGAGCUUAUUGCCAACUUCAACAAGUUAACCCAAUUGCCAGAGACCAUUGGAUUUGAGCUAAUGAACCUGAAGAAGCUCUCUGUCAACUCCAACAAGCUUAUUUUCCUCCCUUGUUCCACCUCUCACUUAACCAACCUGCGCGUUUUAGACGCACGCCUUAACUGCCUCAGGUCCCUCCCGGAAGACCUUGAAAACCUAAUUAACCUCCAAGUCCUCAACAUUAGCCAAAACUUUCAGUACCUUGCAACCCUACCCUACUCCAUUGGCCUCCUCAUCUCCCUCGUCGAAUUGGAUGUGAGCUACAACAAGAUCACAGCGUUGCCCGAUUCCAUAGGGUGUCUCCGCAAGCUCCAGAAGCUGAGUGUUGAAGGGAACCCCCUCGUUUCACCGCCCAUGGAGGUGGUUGAGCGAGGGUUGCAUGUGGUGAAAGAGUACUUGACUGAAAGGAUUAAUGGAGCACAUCAAAACUCCCCAAAGAAGAAGACAUGGUUGGGUAAGUUGGUGAAAUAUGGCACGUUCAAUGUUCGUGUAAAUCGUGAAGAUAGAGAAGGUUUCAUCAUGCCCAAUUAUCGGACCAUCGAUGGCAUGGCGUCUCCUAGGUACAUGGGGAUGUUUUCGCCUCGACGACUCUUCUCACCCAAGACAUACUUCACAAGAUGA